AUGUCCCAUCAACACAACCUGUCCAUCGGCGCAGAAACCAAGGUCGAUGUUCCAUCACCAGAUUCUAAGAUGGAUAUCCCAAUUCCAGCAGUACCAGUUUUAGGCCCAGAACAUGUGAAGGCUCCAAAGAAGAUGAGCCCAGCUAUGGACAUCUUGAUGGCGGUAUUAGGUGAAUUCUUUGGUACUUUUAUCUUCUUGUGGACCGCCUUUGUCAUUGCUCAAGUUUCCAAUCAUGACUAUCUUUCUGCCAUCGACUCAAAAGAAACCGAUUAUGCCAUCACUAAUACUGUCAACAUUUCCAAAGUUCUUGUUAUUGCCAUUGGUUUUGGUUUUAGUGUUGCUAUGGCCAUCACCAUCUUUGGUCCAAUUUCUGGUGGUAACUUGAAUCCAGCUGUCACUUUGACCCUUGCUAUGGCUGGUGCUUUGAAUCCACUCAAGGCUGCUUGUAUGUUUGUCUCACAAAUAAUAGCCGGUAUGGCUGCUGCUGGUGCUGCCUCUGCCAUGACCCCAGGUAAAAUUUUGUUUGCCAACUCUCUCGGCCUUGGUGUUUCGAAGGGUAGAGGGCUUAUGCUUGAAGCCUUUGGUACUGCUUUGUUGUGUACCACCGUUUUGUUUACUGCUGUGGAAAACCCACAUCUUCCAAUCAACCUUAAUGCCAUCAGUAUCGGUUUGUCUUUGUUCUUAGGUCACUUGGUUUGUGUUGCUACUACUGGUGCUGGUCUUAACCCAGCUAGAAGUUUUGGUCCAUGUGUUGCCGACAGAUCUUUCACCGUUUACCAAUGGAUUUACUGGGUCGGGCCAUUUAUUGGAUCCGUCAUUUCUUUCGGCCUUUGGAAAAUCUUCAAACUCUUGGAAGGCAAUGAUGAUGAAGAAAAAGAUGCCUCUAAGAACGUCUGA